CUUUUUUCAUAACAUGUUUUCACCUUCACUUUUAUUUCACAAAGUAACACUGUGUGUUGUGUACAGGGUUGUGUCUCAAUGAUGAGCACGUCUGCUGUUGUAAAUAUUCAGAUGUUAUGAUGGAAGGAUAUUGCAAAAAAUUCGAGUUGGAGGAGAGGAAGGGUGUGGAUGACGAUGUGGAAAACUGAAGUCAGCCUGUCACUUCCUCAUUUUGACAGAAGAAACUGGAACUGGACUUGUGAAUUCAAAUGAGUUUAUUCGCAACAAAACUGGACAUACCACAACGCUAUGAUAUUAAUACCCCAUUGUCACCAACCCUUUAUUGUUAGACUUCUUAUUAACCUUUCCAUGUUUUUCUGCUUUUCAUACCUUUCUGCCAAAAAACCCCACCAUCCUCUGCACUUUCCAGAGUCCUUUGUUUAUAUCACAGUUAGUCCCAUACUUUCCAAGUGUCUGAACCUUAACUGCUCCCUGUUAUAAAACACAUUCAGCAUGAGAGAUUUUCACCACACUGCAGGUCGAGGCAGUUGAGAACACUGACAUGACCAGCAUCUGACCACGGCUGUUUCAUUGCUGUGAGCAGAAACCAGAGUCAGAUGGUUCAAACAGGCCAUUGGUCUCUUCAGGCUAAACUCCUCCCCUCGGCUGCAGCUUCGGCCUGAUCCGAGAGCGGUGAACCAAAUCUGCAGCUCGUAUCGCCUUCUUCUCAUCAGCUUUGCUCCUGAAUCUUUAUGUGAAAAGACGAGGGAGUACAUGUUAUACUACCGGAGUUCAGCAGGAGAUGGCGUUGCUGAGCAACAAGACUGAGCCAGUUGGUGAUGAAAGCUUGGACAAAUGGGAGUAUGUCGGCUCUGGGGGAUUUGGCCAUGUCUAUAAGGCCAAGCACAGAAAAUGGAGAUUCGAUGUGGCCAUUAAGAUACCUCACAAUGGUGCUUGCCCGUUCGUGCCCGAUGAGAAAGCACUUAGCGAGGCUUAUCAUAUGGAAAAGGCUUCCUGUGAGUUUGUGCUAAGGGUUUAUGGGAAAUAUCAGGGAUGUCCACUGGGAGGAACACACAUGCAGCAGGGGAUAGUGAUGGAGUUCAUGGAAAGAGGAUCUGUUCAGGCCCUGCUGAAUGACCUGUCCGGCCCCCCACCAUGGCCCCUGGCCUUUCGCUGGGCCAAUCAAGUGGCUCUGGGCAUGAACUUCCUCCAUUCAAAGGACCUUAUGCACCAAGACCUAAAGCCAAGUAACGUACUGUUGAAUGACGACUUUAACGCCAAGAUAGCAGACUUUGGUCUAUCCAGGGUUUCCACCAGUGUUUUGAACUGCAGCGGAGAAGGGGCCGGAGAAGAGCAGCCUGGAGGCUCAUACAAGUACAUGCCUCCUGAGGCUUUUGAGGCAUCCUAUGAGCCUGUCCGUGCUUUUGACAGAUACAGCUAUGGUAUCCUGCUCUGGUCCAUUGUUACUGGUAAAGAGCCCUAUGAAAUGGCUGAUUACAAUCUUGUGGUGCUGAGGAUCCCCAUGGGGGACAGACCAUCCUGUGAGAAAAUUGACCAGAUGAAGGUAGAAGGAUUGAAAGAGCUGGUUGACCUCAUGCAAAGGUGCUGGACAAAGAAUCCCUCCAUGAGACCCACCUUUCAAUACUGCAUUGAAGUAACCGAGAAAGUAUUCUUAAAGCACAAGAAGGGAAUUCAUGAUGCAAUCCGGGAAGUCUUGACAAGACUGGAGUCACCACCCAGUAAUCAACAUUCAAAAACAAGUGUGGCUUCCACUUUUCCUCUUCAGACACCAGGUGCUUUGCCCAAUCCUGUCUGUGGGUCAGAACAGUCAGAGUCAAUUGAUAUGGAUUAUGCUAGAAGUGUUUCAAAAACUGCAAGUUCCUCAGUACAGGACCCCGCCAGUGUUUGUACUGCAAAACUGAGUGUCACAGAUAAAUCAAGGUUUGUCGAUGACAACAUGGCAGAGUUAAUUCAACAAGUUUCUGAGGUGAUGGCGAUAGUCGAGGAGCUUGGACACAUGGUGCACGGAGAGACCUACUCAGUGAUUGAAGCUAAAGAGACAAGCCAGGCCAAAAUGAGAGCACUUUAUCAGAGGACUUUUCGUUCAGGAGGGGUGAAGGUCAAAGCAGCUUUUUACGACGCCCUCAGAAGACAUCAUCCUGAACUAGUCGAGAGGCUCGGCGGUGAUUUCUAAAGUGAUUGUGGCCUUCCUGCAAUUUAUGGACAAAGUGGCAUAGACUUUUCCUGCCUCUCCUCCUACACUUUGAUCUUUCUUGAAAAAUGUUUAUAUUUUAUUCAUUUGCAUAUAUGUAAUUUGUUAAGACUUUACUACAAUAUCCUUUUUUUUUUACAAGUCCUGAUGAACACAAUAAGCUUUUUGUAUAUUUUUAAAUAAACAAAUUUCCAGAAAGAAAGAAA